ACCGUUCAAACAACAACAACAAACAAAGUGUUAAAUUUAGUUUAAAGUUCCAAAAGUAAAAAAAAACAGAAACAACAAAUUCCUACAAAAUGGCUCAAAUGGUGCAAAUGACUACUGAACAACUACAACAACUCAUCGAGGCUGUACGUGUUUCAGCUGCCAGUGGUGCAGCCGCAAAUGUUGCGACCGAAACCAAGUCCAAGGGAAGUUUUAGUAAUUGUAGUUCCCGCUUUGGCGGCCAACGUGACCAUGAAGCUGUGGAGGAAUUUAUCACCUCAAUUGUUACAUACAAAGAAGUCGAAUCGAUUAGUGAUGAGGAUGCCUUGAAAGGUAUUUCCUUGCUGUUCUAUGGUUUGGCCUCAACCUGGUGGCAGGGUGUGCGCAAGGAAGCUAAGACAUGGAAUGAUGUUUUGCUUCUCAUACGUGACCAUUUCUCGCCCACCAAACCGGCCUAUCAAAUCUAUGUGGAAAUCUUCGAAAAGAAACAAGAUGACAAAAUCGCUAUCGAUACGUUUGUGUGCCAGAAGAGAGCCCUAUUGGCCCAGUUACCCGAUGGUAGACACGAUGAAGAAACCGAAAUUGAUUUAGUUUACGGUUUGCUCAACAUCAAAUACCGCAAACAUAUUGCCCGUCAUGACAUCACAACUUUCCGUGAAUUACUGGAAAAGGGUCGUAUUAUCGAGCACAAUAUGAUGGAAGAUGAGGCCAAUCAACAGGGUCCUGUAAAAGGCUCCAAGGGCACCAAGAGAUGUACUUACUGCAAUUACCGAGGUCAUACAACUGAACAAUGUCGCAAACGCAAAACUGGCGACAAUGCUUCAAACAAUGGAGACUAAAUUAGCAACAACACAACCAAAACUACCAACUCAACGAAAAAAACGUUGAAAAACAUGAUGUCAUUUUAUCUCAACCAUAAACAACAGCACUUAUUGUAUUUUCCCCUAAAGAAACAACAAACAGUGUGUGGUAAAUGACAUCACUAAAGAGAAAAACUAUUCUCUUUAAGUAUUUAAAUUAUAUAGGCUUCUCUUAGUUAAGUGUUGGGGUUUCUCUGCCAGAAUUUGGAAUGGUUUUUUUAUUUUUAUAUAAAUUUUUUAUUUUUUUUUUAAUUUAUAUAAGAAUUUUAAAUAUUCCUAAUUUUUGUAGAAUUACUUUAGCAUUUAACGAAGUGUUACGCCUCCUCUCUAAUAACCACGCUAGUUUUACAAACCGGCUUUACAGGCUAAGAACGCCUGGACCCUGACAAUUCUAAAAUCAUUUUGAUUUAACGAAAGUUUAUUAAACUUUACAUACAUACAUACAAGUAUACAUACAUAUUAUAAGCCGGAUAUCUUUCUAUAUCCAUGUGUAUCAGGUACUCUCUCUAAAUGAUUGAAUUUUUAAUAACUGAAAUUUUUAUCUGACUUUUCACGUCCCUUGGCAAAUUCAGAACUUGUUUCUGAAAUUGUUUAAGUGAUACCGAAAACUAUGAUUUAAGUUUUAAAGUUAUAAAUAAUUUAAACAUUUUGGGAAAGAACCAAAAAUCGUUAUAUUAGUUGUUUUGAAAAUUAGCUUUAAAUAAAACUUUUAUUUUAAAGCGAAAUUUUCAAAUAUUUGAAAGAAUUACUUGUAAUUUUUUCAAAUAUUUUAAAAUGUUGCUUAAGUAAAAUUUAAGCUUUUGUUUAAGACGUUUUCAAACAGCUAAUAUAACAAACCUUCUCUUCCUUGGGGUAAAACCUAGGGAGGGGGAACCCCCGCGAUUUUAAAAAAUUUUGAAAAUAUUAUGAUAUAAACAUACAGCCAGAGUUUUGCAUUCAAAAUUGUUAAAAGUUAUUAAAGCUUAGGCAGUAUUUUACUUUCUUGAGAGCUUUUUUCAAAGCCUUAAGAAAACUAAAGUAGUUGCUUUAGUGAAGAAUAACUUGUAGCAAUUUUUAAAACAAACUCCUGCCUAUGUUUAAGGUCAGUUGUUUUCUUAAUUUUUUAUUAUUGCAAAAAACUUUUUUUCGCUUGCGAAAAAAAACCUUUAAAAACCCGAAUGUUUCACAUUCAUUUAAAUGCAAACAAAUUGUACUACAAUGGCUAUGUUGUCGCCAUUCGUACAAUUGGCACGCCAAGCAGUCCUUUAAAAAUGUUUUACAUUUUCAAAUCUCUGACAAUGACACGCCAGCUCUAUUAAUAAGUUAAGAUUCGCUUUAAAGUUUUAUGAAAUCCUCCAAAACUUUAAGGCUUUCCUAACUUCCUCAUUAAUUAUUAACUAAAGUUUAUUUUUUGUAAACAAAAAAGCAACGACAAUAUUUAAUUGAAAAAAAAUAAUGACAAAAUGUCAAAACUGCUUUGUAAACAUUUAAGUGUUGGCGCUCUCUGGAGGUGGGCCGUAAUGCAACCUUAAGUGUUUUUGCACCUUGAAUUGUCUGGUUUUUUGUUUAUUUUUUUGAAUUUUAGUUAAUACUAUAAUUUUUUUUUAGUUCUAAGCAUUGGAAUUGUAUUUUUAUAUCUCAGACUCUGCAUUUUGUAAUUAGUUUUUAAGAUUUUUGAAAAAAAGAGAACAAACAAAAGAAGAAAAAAACAACAAUUGAAAAAAAAGCAAGUUUGACAAAAUUAAUAAAAACAACAAACAGUGCUUUAUUAUAAAACUAAA